GUCCAAACUGCGCUCAAUCCUCAUACAGACCACGCCCGCCUCGCAGUGUACGGAGUAGAGUAGUCGUCAGUUCAUUGACUACCCUAACACUGCAUUCAAUGUAAUGUUAUGACAACGAACCCAACUCACCUCUACCGCUCUCUCCUCCGGGAAGCCUCCUACCUCCCCCUCCCACAAUGCCGCACCUUCAUAAAAUCCUACAUCACCACCUCCUUCCGACGAUACAUUCCCAAAUACCACAAACCCACCACUCGGACCGGUAACCCUAUCUCCUUCUCCCGGCAAAUAGAACUUCUCCACCGCGGCCGCAAAUUCCUCACCGGUCUGAAGCGCGCAAACGAAGGCUACAUCAUCCACCUCGAGAAGAUCUUCCGCAUGACAUACGGUCGCAUCGGACCUCGAAGAUACACGCUGCUCGACACUUUUACCAAGCCUGCUACUUCCUCUGACGAGCUCGCCUCUCCUCCAGACUCACCUACCACCACGGCUACCAACACGAAUCCGGACUCACCUACCGCCGCGACCACCGCCCCACCUAUCACCACCACCACUACACCAGCAGCAGCCCGCCGCGAAGCCCACUGGCAGCAGUUGAUCGAGAAGUGGACAAUUCCCCCACGCCUCGAAGCUCUCUUGAAGUCCCAAACCAUCCAACAAACACACUUCGACCGCAUCGGCCGCCGCAAGCCCAAUGUAAGACUGCGCUUCCACCCUCCCGAGACCAACAUCUGGGGCAAGCCCCUCCCACGAUGUCGCUACAAGAACCUCAAGCACGAGUGGUAUAAACACAACGUUCAACUCGCCCUUCCCCCGCUCGCCGAAAACGAGUACAACGACCUACACGACCUCGUAUCCGGGAAGACGGAGAUGCCAGGCCUACCUUCGCGUCGACCUCGAGCCCGUCGCUCCCAGGCAGACCAAGAGCAAGAGGAAGCGGACAAGCAAUCCUCGCUGAUCCUGGAAGGUCCCAAGCCAGGAAUCAGAAUGAAGGAGUACAGGUACGGACGGCCUCACAACAUCACGCCACGGCUGUUGCGACACGUACUGUUGCGCAGUGUCCUGAAACAGACUCCGCUGGUUAAGAUGACUGGUGCCGAGAAGCCAAGGGCCAGUCUGGCCUUCCGCUGGGACGAUGCUCAGUCGAGCAAUCGCCUAGAUAUUGGAAAUCUGAACGCAGCCGUCAAUAAACAGCAGCUGGACCUCCUCUUCGGCUGACCGAGAUGCGCUGUCCAUUCGCGAAGAAAAGGCUUCUGCCGGUGGAGGCCCAGUCAUGUAACACGAAACAAAAGCGCCUGCGGUAGGGAUACCCAGAGACACCAGACUAAGUUCGAUGCUAGGGAUCGAUAUUAUUUAUAGAUUCCCUACUCAUCCUGUUUGCUCAAUCCUGU